AUGUCGAAAAUCACAGUCGCUAAUGUCCGUACGCAAGUCGGUGAGCUCUUGGAGUACUCCAACGAGACCAAGAAGCGCAACUUCCUCGAGACCGUUGAGCUUCAGAUCGGCCUGAAGAACUAUGACCCUCAGCGUGAUAAGCGUUUCUCUGGCACCAUCCGCCUGCCUUCCAUCCCCCGCCCCAACAUGUCCAUCUGCAUUCUCGGUGACCAGCACGAUAUCGAUCGUGCCAAGCACGGUGGUGUCGACGCCAUGUCCGCUGAUGAUUUGAAGAAGCUCAACAAGAACAAGAAGCUCAUCAAGAAGCUUGCCCGCAAGUACGAUGCCUUCGUCGCUUCCGAGGCUCUCAUCAAGCAGAUCCCUCGUCUCUUGGGUCCUGGUCUGUCCAAGGCCGGCAAGUUCCCCACCCCCGUCUCUCACGCCGACGACCUGACAGGCCGCAUCAACGAGGUCAAGUCCACCAUCAAGUUCCAGCUCAAGAAGGUUCUCUGCAUGGGUGUCGCCGUCGGUAACGUCGAGAUGACUCAGGAGCAGCUCAUCGCCAACAUCAUGUUGGCCAUCAACUACCUCGUCUCUCUUCUCAAGAAGGGCUGGCAGAACGUUGGAAGCCUUACCAUCAAGGCUUCCAUGUCUCCCCCCAAGCGCCUGUACUAA